AUGGCUGAUAUUGAUUACGAUCAAUUUAAAUAAAAUGCUUGUUCUAGAAAUAUUCUUCAUUUCGGCUGUAGUAUAUAUUUAUGUUUUGAAAACGAGCAAAACGAAGAAUUUUAUGCCACAGCAGAAGGAUUUACGAAAUAUAAAAUAAGAUUAAAAUAAGUAUAAUAAAUGAAAAAGGAUGGUAAUUUUACAAGCGGUUUAUUUAAAAUAUAUCCUCCAUUCCAGAAUAAAGAAUAUAUAAAAACUAAAUAAUAAUACGUUUAAAAAAUAUAGGAAAAACAAAAAGAUGAAUUUAAGCAAAAUCAAUUACAAUAAAGCAAGAGAGAGGCUAGAUAAUUAAUUCCAAAACAAAUAAAAUUAAUGGAAGAAGAAGUAUCUUCUAAUUAUGAUUAAUAUGAAAAACUUAAAGGAACUCCAGUUUUAUAUGGAUAAACUAUAUAAUUUUUGCAUGUAAAUUCAAAUAAAUACUUAUAUUAUGAUUAAACAAAUUUAUCUGAAAUCGAAAGCGACUUUCAAGUUUCGCUUUCAGAAGAAUAUUCUGAUGAAACUUCUUUUAGAAUAUAGCCUUGUUUUAGUUAUUAAUAAGAAAGUUAAGGGUAAAUUUAUGAUUCAGAUACUGUCUAUAUUAUAAGCACAAAAGAUUAGAGGAAUAAUAUGGGAGAUCCUUAUUUACAUGCUUCUAAAGAUAUUGGAGAACCCCAAAAUUAAAAUGGUUUUAAAAAAAAGGAAGUUAAUAUAUCAACUGAUAAAAAAUCUUAAUGGAAAUUAAAAAUUUUUAGUGAAUAUAAUGAUGAAAAAUCUGGAUUAUUAAGUGUUUGUGAUAUAAUAUGGAUUAAUUAUUCAGAAGAAGAUUCAAUUAUCUAUAAUUAAGAAUUAGAUGAAGAACAUUAUUAUUUGAAAUUUGAAGGAUGCGAAUAAACAGAAAAAUACAAGAAAUUUAUAGGAAAUUCAAAUGGUAUGUUUGUUGUUGAAUCCGAAAAUAUGCAAUAUGGAGGAAUAGUGAAGUGGGAAAAUAUGUAUAAAUUACGACAUUUAACCACAAAUAUGUAUUUGAGUUUAGGAAGCGUAAUGAAAGGUACAAAUGAAGUCGAAACUGACGAAAAAAGCAGAUGUUUGGUUUUGUAAAAGGAUAUCGAAAAAGCUUCUUUGUUUAAAUUUGAAUUAAUAUAUUCAACUUUAAGUUCUAGAAAUUCUAAAAAUACUACUAAGUAUUUGCAAAAAGAUUCCUUCUUUAGAAUGUCUACUUCAGAUAAAGAUAUUUAAUAAGAUGAUAAUAAUUAAGAUUUGACUUAAAAGUAGAUUUAUCCUGCUUUUUCAACUACAAAAAAAGAAGAAAAUGUUUUUAAAUUAGCAAAGGCAAAUUCUAAUGAAGUUAGAAUGACUCAAUUUUUAUUAUAAUGUAGAAAAACAAUUAAAAAAACAUUUAAAUUUUUAAAUCCUAAAGUAUUCUUUUUUUUUUUUUAUUAUUAAAUUUAAAAUUAAAAUUAUUUGUAAGUUUAUAGAAAAUAUAAAAAAUUCGAACUCAAAAUUACCAGAUUAGAUAAAUGUUUAGAUGAUUUAAAUUUAUUCUGUCACAAUAAAUUACUUUCAUAUUUAUAUGUAGAUUAGGAAUAUGGUGCAAUUAAUACUUUCAUUUAAAAUGUACUCCGUGAGUAGUUCUUUAUUGAACUUUUAGUCUAUUUAUUAGCAAUUUCUUUUCCUAAAAUAGAAGACUUAAUUUCAAUUAAAAAUAUAGAUAAAGGAAACGAUUAUAAAAAUAAUAAUCUUAUUUCAACAAGUAUUAACGAUUCAGCUUUAAAAAAAAGUUACUAUUUAUUAAUUAAUAAAUAUAUAAUAAAAUAAAAAACAUGUGCUUUAAUAUAUAAGCUUUUAUCAAGUAUAUGUUUAGAUAAUCAAAAAAAUCAAGAAAAAACUAAAAAUUACUUACCUUUAUUUGCUAUGUAGUCUAAAUAUAUUUACGGAGCUAUGGAUUGCAUUUUAUCAAUUAUUAAAAAUUACGAAGGACUAUUAUAUACUUUAAAUAAAGUAAGUACUUAAUAAAAUGAUGUUUAAACAAAUAUAAAAGAUAAUAGUAAUUUUAGUAAUAUUGAAAUUAAUUAUAUAUAUAUAUAUAUAUAUAUAUAUAUAUAUAUAUAUAUAAAUAUUUAUAUAUAUAUCUAUAUUUAUAUUUUUCUAAAAAAUAGAUAAUGCAUUUAUUGUUGA